AUUUUUGUGGUGGAUUUGCACCCGUCCCGUGCCUCAAUGGUCAGCUAUUUAAAAUGUAACAUAGAACAACUUUUGUUCCAUAUCAAAACAACAAAAAUCCAGACAGGCUAAUCUUGGUUCUUGGCUUGCGUAAAUUUUUAUCAUUUCCUGAUCAUGUCUAAAAGAAUCAGAGGCAGCCUUUGUUCCAAAUCAUCUAUUGAAAAGAAAAAGAAAAUCAGACUAGAAAAGGAUAAUAGAAAUGCAAAAAGAAGAGCUUUGACAAUAAAGCAGGAUGGUAAAGAUACAGGAAAUGAUUCCAAUAGCAGCAGCAAGGAAGAAGAGUCAUCGCAAUCGCCAUAUUUUUUAUUAAUAAGCUGCUUAUCCAUUUUAUACUCUGGUUAUAUGUAGAUUGGCUAUUCCAACAAUUAAAUAUCUAUUAUAAAGUAUUGGAGAUUUGAGAUUUAAUAGAGCAGAUACAACUAAUAUUCAUUAGAUAUUAUGUAUAUGUUCAUUAGUUUAAUAUUUGAAGUUAGAAGUAGUUUAAAGAAUAGUCCAAGUUGUAGAUUGGGAAUGUAGACCACUGCUCAACACUUGUACUACAAUAUUGUAGUUUUAUCAAUGAAUGAUAUGUAACAAUUUGAGUGUAUGCCAAAAGUGUAUAGUAUGUUGGUGAGAGUAGUGUUCAGUGUACAUUAACAACCUAAAUAUGUACAAAUAUACUAUAAGCCACUCUAAGUACAAAACAAUACCAGUUUUCAACCCAAUUUCAUUAACAAAUUUAAUAGAUUUUUUGUGAGUGGUUUUUUUUUAUUAUCAGCGCCCUCUGUAUUUAUUGCGAAGAAAUAUAAAGUGUUCAUUUGCAGACAUGGCAGAGAAUGAGUAUAUUUGCACUUUGGAAGAAAAAUAUAUUAAGAAGGCUAGAGAUGAAUUGAAUGAGAUUCCAAGUGAUAGGCUAUCAGCUGUCAAAGCUUUGAGAGAUUGGGUAAAUGAACAGGAACAUUUGACUUUUGAUACAAGAACAUUUAGCUUGUUAAGAAUAUUGAGGCAUAGUAAAUUCAGUCAAUCUAAAGCAAGAUAUACAAUUGAAAAGGUGGCUUGUUUUUAUUCUAAAAAUAGAAAUUCAUUUUCCAACUUGGAUAGCAGAUCCGAUGUAGUUCAAGAAGUUCUUAGAAGAGGCCAUUUAAUGGUGUUACCUGGAUACGAUGAUGAUGGUAGAGUAAUUAUGCUCUAUAAGCUAAAUAUGAUACCCUUUGAAGAGUUAAAGAAGAAAUAUAGAUUUUCAGAGUUUAUGAAAGUGAUGAACGUUGUCUUCGUUUCGCUCAUGAAAGAUGAAAUGUUUCAAGUUAAUGGCAUUGUACUGCUAUUUGAUAUGACUGGCAUUAAUUUGAAAAUAAUGACACUUUUCAACGAUCCGGAUUCGGUUGAUUAUCAAAAAGAUGGUCAGGAUGCUCAGAUUGGUCGAAUAAAAGGUAUACACUACUAUAACGUUGGAAGUUUAUUUGAAACAAUAUUCUCCAUUUACAAACCAUUUAUGAAAAAGAAACAUAAGGAAAGGACGCAUGUACAUGGAACGCUUGAAUCAUUAUACAAACACAUACCUAAAAGAAUGUUACCUAGAGAGUACUUACCGGAUGAUUAUGAUGGACCAAUAUGUGGAUCUCUUCUAGAAAUUGGAGCUCAAACAGCUGAUCGGGUACUAAUGAUGAGAGAUGAUAUUCUAGAUAUCUCCAAUCCAGCGCACUUGUCCUAUAACGAAAGCAAGAAACCUGCAACAGAAGUUCUUCAACAUUUUAGAAAACUCAAUGUAGAUUAGAUUACUUGUUUGAUUUCUAUUUCUGAAUGUUUAAUUCUAUUCUUUUUAAAUUAAAAAUAAAAU